CGACGAGACGCUUAUGGGAAGAUGGCUCCUAGAAAGCGAAGUGUCGUUUGGUCUUUUUUCAGAGCCGUAGACGAGAAGAAAGUGACUUGUCUGCUGUGUUUGGAGACCGUCCUUCAUUGCGGCCACACCACGAACAUGCUAAGGCAUUUGCGUAGUAAACACCUGAAUGAGUAUAGUAGCGCAGCAGCAUCAAAAGAUAGGCGGUCUGGGGCGGCGGACGACAACAGUCAACCAAUGAUGAUUAGCAAUGAAGACUAUUGUGAUGGUAUGAUUUGAUAUUAUGGAGACGUUAUCAUACUCGAAUAUCAGGUUAUGCGAAAGUAACCCACGCUUGAUGCACAGACGGUGUUUCGCUAUUACGUCAAAUGUUUCCAUUGUGUUAGGCCAGAUGCUAAUUUAACUAGCUAGCACACAUUUGUACCACAUAGCAUAGACCGGGCUAGCUAUGUUAUAAUGUCCCCCAUAUCCGAGUGUUAUGAGUCUCGUGUCACGGCGGAAAGACUGGUUGCAAAGUUUGGUUGACUGCCUAAUGUGUAGGUCUUAUUGACCCCAGAUGCUAUUUUUGAUCAAAGCCUAAAGGCAGUGUUUCCCCUAUAUUAAUUUAGCAGUGGUGGGAAAUUGUUGCCACCGCUGCAGAAAAUGAUGUAAUUAUUUUAUAUAAAUAUAUUUCUGCCGAGACGCACUUUUAAAUGGAUAGUCGUUAGCUCAAUGACUGGACGUCUAUGAGAAGAGCUAGCAUUAUAGCUGAAUCAGUCACACUUCAUAUAAAUCGCAUUGAAUGCUGCUUACUGUUGAUGAUCACAAGUUUACUGGAGAACGGAGACCAAGUAGAGACUUUCGGACAAGGUGGAUAAUUGUAUAAUAUAAGGCAGUUUAUUCAGAGGUAAAGAUAUCUGUAAAUAGCGUGCACGGACCCGUUCGUCAAUCUCGUAGGGAGAUAUCUGAGAGAGCGAGCCCCUAAACAUUGUGUGCUGACAUUUUAUACAAUAAAAUGAAGUAGGUUGAUUCUAGUAGUUCUGAUCUUCUGAUUGGUCCUGAUGAGUUGGGCGAGGUCACCUCCAGGCUAGUGUCACUGUUGCAUUGGCUCUGAGUCGGGUUCUCUGUCUUCAGAUGUUCAGCCUAAGAGAAGGGGUUUUUUGUGUGUGUGUGUGUUUGUGUUUAACAAUGAUGAUGUGUGUGUGUGUGUGUGUGCGUGUGUGUGUUUAACAAUGAUGAUGUGUGUGUGUGUGUGUGUGUGUGUGUGUAUGUGUGUGUGUGUGUGUGUGUGUGUGUGGGGGUGUGUGUGUGUGUGUCCUCAGAGCAAGAACUCGUGAGUUGGAAGAACUGAGAGACCUAUGGCGUGGGUGUUGUCCAUAGCCACCUGCUGAUAAGGCUGACAAGAUAGAAGUCUCUUGUGCAUUGUAUUAAAUACAAAGGCCCAACACAAGAUGGGUCAUGCACAAGAUUUUAGUCAGACCAAGCUAUAACAUUAUAUAUUUACUACGACAUUACCAACCAGUUAUCUUAUGCUGCACACAAUGGUGAAUGCUUCCACCAAAAGCUAGCUAACUUGUAACGUUAGUAACUAACAUUAUGAGUUUCCUGUUUUCAUGAAGCAGCAAUGCUGCCUGUUAUGCCGCAAGUCUGUGUCCCGAAUCAGCUGUUGCUGACCCACCGUUACAAUGUAGUGAUCGUGGAGAAACAUGCUGAUCUACGAACUGAUUUGUGAUAACAUUCCCUCUCACUUUUCGGGCAGCAUGUCUACAACUUUAGGGUAAUUAUACAAGCCAAGCAGUGUUGCCAGGUCGAGCUAAAAUUUCUAACCUAAUGACCUCUGAAAACCUGCCCACAAAAUUUUGUUUUGCAGCAACAGAGGAGUUGCCACAUUUUCCCAUGAAAACCUUUUUCAUAACUUUAUCGAGCGAAUUAAGAACGAAUAUCUACGUAAUUUUGUAAGAAGUAGGUUAAGAAGCAAAAUUCGGUUUUCCAUCAAAACAAUUAUUACUCCAAGUUUAAGAAUGUUGCAAGAGAAAAGAUAAAUCGCCCUUAUUAAACUCUCCAGAUCAUUUUCCAUCAAUGGAUGUCGAUUUAAAUUGUUUUGACUGCUAUGAUUAAACAAUAAGGCCUUUAUAGCAAUUAUAGCUGUGAGUCUUUCUGGGUAAGUCUCUAAGAGCUUUCAUUUUCCACACCUGGAUUGUGCUAUGGCCAAUAUACCACGGCUAAGGGCUGUUCUUUGGACAUGGCCCUUAGCAGUGGUAUAUUGGCAGUAUACCACAAACCCCUGAGGAGCCUGAUUGCUAUUAUAAACUGGUUAACAAUGUAAAAAGUAAUUUUUUUGUCAUUCCCAUGGUACACAGUCUAAUAUACCAUGGCUUUCAACCAAUCAGCAUUCAGGGCUCAAACCACCCAGUUUAUAAUUGGAAAUAAAUCCUGUUUGCGCAUGUGCAUAACUAUAGAUACAUCUGACAGGAGAGGAGAGUUUGAGUGAUGAAGUUGGAUAGAGGAUCUCAAUAUUUGUGCAAGAAACACUUGGACAAACGUAAAAAAACUAAUGUUAGGCUUUCUGGCAAUUGUGCCUUCAUUAUGUGCCAGAUGGUAAGGCUACAAACUGUUAUAAAUGGCCUAUUUGCGAGAUUGACUUGUUAUUUCAAUAGGCAUAGGCUACUGACUAAAAUCUGGAUUUAUAAUUGCACUUCAACUUUGCCAUGGUUUGCUGAUCUAGAUGCAGGUAGCCUAUAGCCCAGGGUUCUUCAAUUCCGGUCCUGGAGGGCCGAAACACCUCUGUUUUUAAUCCUCUCCUUCUAAUCAGGGGCUAAUUCAGACCUGGGACACCAGGUGAGUGCAAUUAACUACCAGGUAGAAAUAAAAAACAGAAGCGUUUCGGCCCGCCAGGACCGGAAUUGAAGAACCCUGCUAUAGCCCCUGAAAGGCCAACAUCUAAUUGAAACUGACUUUAAAUGUGGAGAAUGAUACAUUUGCUAUAGAGCUGUGACCAUGAUCACAACUGAUAACUUCCAAUUUAAUUAACUAACAUGGCCAUUGACAAUUGCAUAAUACACAAGGCUACAACAAAAAACGGAGUUAUAGGCUAUUUAUUAAAUCUGUUUGCCAACUCCAGGUAGGCUACACAAGUGGCACAAAUGUAUUUGCCAUGACUCCAGUGAUAUUGUAAUUUCAACAUAUUUAUUGUAUAAAAUGCUUGUGGCUUGAAUAAUAGUGACUUGGUCCCAUCUCUGGAGCUAGGUAGCUACAGUCGCUUCAGAAAGUAUUCAUACACCUUGACUUAUUCCACAUUUUGUUACAGCCUGAAUUCAAAAUGGAUUAAAUAAAACAAAUUCUCACCCAUCUACACACAAUACCCCAUAAUGACAAUGUGAUAACAUGUUUCUAGAAAUUUUAGCACAGUUAUACAAAAUGUAAUAAUGCAAUAUCUCAUUUACAUAAGUAUUCACACCCCUGAUUCACGACUUUGCAGAAGCACUUUUGGCAGCAAUUAUAGCUGUGAGUCUUUCUGGGUAAGUCUCUAAGAGCUUUCCACACCUGGAUUGUGCUAUAUUUGCCCAUUUUAUUAUUUUCAAAAUUCUUCAAGCUCUGUCAAAUCGGUUGUUGAUCAUUGCUAGACAACCAGGUCUUGCCAUACAGAUUCAAGUAAAUUUAAGUCGACUGUAACUCGGCCACUCGAGAACAUUCACUGUCUUCUUGGUAAAAAACUAAAGUGUAGAUUUAGCCUUGGGUUUUAGGUUAUUGUUCUGUUGAAAUGUGAAUUCAUCUCCCAGUGUCUUGUGGAAAGCAGACUGAACCAGGUUUUCCUUUAGGAUUUUGCCUGUACCGUUUUCUUUUUUAUCCUGAAAAACUCCCCUGUCCUUAACAAUUACAAGCAUACCCAUAACAUGAUGCAGCCACCACUAUACUUGAAAAUAUUGAGUGGUACUCAGUAAUGUAUUGGAUUUGCCCCAAACAUAACACUUUGUAUUCAGGACAAAAACAUAAUAGCUAUGCCACAUUUUUUGCAGUAUUACAUUAGUGCCUUGUUGCAAACAGGAUGCAUGUUUUGUAAUAGUUUUAUUCUGUACAUGCUUCCUUUUCCCCGCUGUCAAUUAGGUUAGUAUUGUGGAGUAACUACAAUGAAAGUUGAUCUAUCCUCAGUUUUCUCCUAUCACAGCCAUUAAACUCUGUAACUGUUUUAAAGUCACCAUUGGCCUCAUGGUGAAAUCCCUGAGUAGUUACCUUCCUCCCUGGCAAAUGAAUUAGGAAGGACACCUGUAUCUAUGUAGUGACUGGGUGUAUUAAUUGCUCCUGUAAGUCGCUCUGGAUAAGAGCGUCUGCUAAAUGACCAAUUAAUUAAUUAAUUAAUUAUUGGUACACCAUCCAAAGUGAAAGUAAUAACCUCACCAUGGUCUGCUUUUUAUUUUAUUUUUACCCAUCUACCAAUAGGCGCCCUUCUUUGCGAGGCAUUGGAAAACCUCCCUGGUCUUUUGUGGUUGAAUCUGUUUGAAAUUCACUGCUCGACUGAUGGACCUUUACAAUAGUCUGUAUGUGUGCGGUACAGAGAUGAUGUAGUCAUUCAAAAAUCAUGUUAAACACUAUUAUUGCAACUUUAUUAUGUGACUUGUUAAGCACAUUUUAAUUCCUCAACUUAUUUAGGCUUGCCAUAACAUAGGGUUUGAAUACUUAUUGACUUAAGACAUUUGUAAAAACAUAAUUUCACUUUGACAUUAUGGGGUGUUGUGUGUAGGCCAGUGACAAAAAAAUCUAAAUGUAAUAUAUUUUAAAUUCAGGCUGUAACUCAACAACAUUUUGAAAAAGUCAAUUGGUGUGAAUACUUUCUGAAGGCACUGCAUGUAAAAUACUCUACAUGACCAAAAGUAUGUGGACACCUACUUGUCGAACAUCUCAUUCCAAAAUCUUGGCCAUUAAUAUGUAGUUGGUCCUCCCUUUGCUGCUAUAACAGCCUCCACUGUUCUGGGAAGGCUUUCCACUAGAUGUUGGAACAUUGCUGCGGGGACUUGCUUCCAUUCAGCCAUGAGCAUUAGUGAGGUCGGGCACUGAUGUUGGGCGAUUAGGCCUUGCUCGCAGUUGGCGUUCCAAUUCAUCCCAAAGGUGUUCAAUGGGGUUGAGGUCAGGGCUCUGUGCAGGCCAGUCAAGUUCUUCCACACCGAUCUCAACAAACCAUUUCUGUAUGGACCUCGUUUUGUGCAUAGGGACAUGCUGAAACAAGAAAGGGCCUUCCCCAAACUGUUGCCACAAAGUUGGAAGCACAGAAUUGUCUGGAAUGUCAUUGUAUGCUGUAGCGUUAAGAUUUCCCUUCACUGGAAGUAAGGGGCCUAGACCCGAACCAUGAAAAUCAGCCCCAGACCAUUAUUGCUCCUUUACAGUUGGCACUAUGCAUUGGGGCAGGUAACAUUCUCCUGGCAUACACCAAACCCAGAUUUGUCCAGACUGCCAGAUGGUGAAGUGUGGUUCAUCACUCCAGAGAAUGCGUUUCCACUGCUCCAGAGUCCGAUGGCGGUGAGCUUACACCACUCCAGCUGACGCUUGUGUUGUGGAAAUUAAUCACUAUACUUUAGUUCUUCCAGAGUUUUUGUAGAAUCAAGAUUUAACUUUAAUUCAAUUCAAGAAAGCCCGUGCUGGUCUGCAGAGUAGCCCCCUCUUCUCUCUCUCUCUUCCCCAGCUAUAUAGUCCCAUUCACAUCUCUUCUAGCUCAAAAUCCCUCCCUCUUCAGUUUCCAGCUCUCUAUCGCUCCGCCCACUUCCUUUGUCUAUGAUGGCGGCUAAAUUCGACAUUCAUUCAGUUCAGAAUCAAUAUUAAUACAAUCAAUCAAUCCCUUAUCUUGCAAAAACACUCAUGUUUAGUUUAAACUCUGUUCAACCCCGGCUCUCCCGGGCUUGACCUGAAGACUGAUUGUUGGACAUGACAGGUCCAUACUUAAUCUUUCAAACAUACACAAACCCCACCCCAUCAUGCUGUAAUCAAUCAAGAAGAUAGCCAAGGAGAGACAAAGGUUUAGCCUGAACUCUGUCCAACCCUGGCCGCUAUUUCACUUUGUUUGAGGAGAGAGGCAAAAGGCCACAGUCUGGUUUCAGUCUCUGAUAAAGUAGGACGGCCAUGGAUUUAAGUAGGAGCGAGCAAUUCGACCCUAGGUCAGAUUCCCACUUCACCCACACAUACACACAGUGAAAUGACCCAAUUAAGUUAUUGUCUAGCAGCAGAGAAUUCUAACUAUAUGUUCGUGAUUAACUCAGUUUUAUCUCAUAGUCCACUAAAAAAUCUCCCUCACUUGGCAUUGCACAUGAUGAACUUAGGCCAUGGAAACUCAUUUCAUGAAGCUCCCGAUGAACAAUUCUUGUGCUGACGUUGCUUCCAGAGGCAGUUUGGAACUCGGUAGUGAGUGUUGCAACCGAGGACAGACAAUUUUUAUGAGCUACGAGCUUCAGCACUUGGCAGUCCCAUUCUGUGAGCUUGUGUUGCCUACCACUUCGUGGCUGAGCCGUUGUUGCACCUAAAGGGGUGUGGCUGAAAUAGCAGAAUCCAAUAAUUUGAAGGGAUGUCCACAUACUUUUGGCCAUGUAGUUAGCUGUAAGAUAAGGUAGCUAGUCAGACAGUCCUCAGUGGAGUAACUUUUUUUUGCUGGUCUGUUUGUGUUUCAGUGGAGGUAGCACUAGAGGAGCAGCCCCCAGAGCAGGCAGCCUCGGUGAGUGACGCAGACAUCGCAAGCGCCAUCAACGGCAUCCUGAAGGCAGCAGAGGAUCAUGCUGUGGUCAGAGACAGCGGGGCUGGGAUUGUGGGCCAGGGCGGUGCAGGGGCCGCACCAUCCGGCCGGAAGUGGAGCUCCGUGUGGACGCACUACGAGCGGUUGGAGGAGCAGAACCGUGCGCUGUGUCUGAUCUGCAAUGAGAAGAUCCAGCACCAGAGCAGCACCAGCAACCUGCUGCGCCACUUGUCCAAGAGACAUCCAGAGGCCUUUGCUCGCCUGGAGGGCCACAUCAAGAAACAGAAGACCAGCGGCAUCCAGAAAACAUUGCGCAAAGACGGUGACUCAGGCCCCAAACACACCAACCUGACAAGGAGAAUUGGAGGGGUUGCACUGAAACAAAGCCCAGGGAAAUUUCCAGGUAAGUCUGAUGACUGUAUGUAUGUGUGCAUGUCAGUGUUGCUCAAAUUGAUCCCAAAAUACUGUAUUCUGUAUUCGAAGAACUGAUCCUCAUACAUCUGUUCAUUUAGGAAAAUACAUAAGUUAAGUUAACCUGAGCUCUUGAUUUCAUGCGGUCUUUCCUGUCUCUCUCUCUCUGUAGAUGCAUUUGAUGUGAUGGGAGCAUGUGAGGGGGAGGUGCGUGUGUUGGAGCGUGAGCGUGAGCUGACGGAGGCCUUGAGGAGGGCUCAGCAGCAGGAGGCGCGGGCGCUGGAGCAGCAGAGGGAGCUCCUGGAGACACUACGUCGGGCCAACACCAGAGAGGCAUCUGCAGAGAAGGAGGCCCUAGAGACCCUGAGGAGAAGCCAGGAGCAGGAGGCCCGCUCCCUACAGAGGCAGAGGGAAGACCUGCAGAGAGAGAGAGUGGAGCUGCAGAUGGAGAAGGAAAGAAUGCAAAGGGAGAGGGAGGAGCUGGAGUGCUUACGAAGGGAGUCUGGGCAAGAGAGGAGUCCGGUGCAGACAGUGGACCGAACCACUGGGUUGUUCCAGGGGGACGUGGAACAGGAGGUGACUAUGAGGGAAGAGGUUCUUGGUUAGGGGAUGUUUCAGUAAGCCAACAGGACGAUACUGUGAUGUUCAGAAGUUGACCACCUAUCCUAUCACCAUGCAUUCAGACUAACUCAAACACCUCUCUCUUAAAGGUGGGAGAUGGUGGGUGAAUGCACUCAGGAGGGGGUUUAGUGAUAUAAAUACUUUUGUAUCUUUUUUAAAUGAAAAUAAACCUGUACCAUGUCAUUAA